GCCACAGUCCAGAGUCCAGCAGCACAGCGGAAUAUCUCCUCUCUUUUUAUUCCACACACACAUUUUACCUGACUGCUCUGACCUUUUAAAACUCGCUUUUUUGAUUUCUUCCAAGAGCGAUUUUUGAGUCUUGACUUCUUCACCUGACGGGGUGUCCAUUUCCUGUGGACCCGUUUGGAUUUUACGCACUUCUAAUUAUUCACCUGUAUUCGGACCUCCGGAGCUCUAUGCCCUGGACGCUCCGUGCCGAGAUGGCGCGCCUGUUACUGCCGUGUCUCCUGCUGCUAGUGUCCGUGCAGACGGCUCUCUCCUCCGGAGUCUUUGAGCUCAAAAUCGACUCCUUCACCAGCUCCCGGGGAGUCUGUCGCUUCCAGACCCGGGACUGCCAGAUAUUUUUCCGGGUUUGCCUCAAACACUCACAGGACGUUAUCGACCCAGAGCCACCGUGCACGUACGGAACCGCGCUCACGGACAUCUUCGGCGCCGACUCCAAAUCCAUCUCCGGGAGCGCGCCCAUCAGGGUGCCUUUUCACAAGUGGCCGGGGACUUUCUCUCUGAUCAUUGAAGCCUGGAACGCGGAAUCUUCAGGACUCGAUUCUACAGAUAACCAGAACAACCUGAUCAGCCGCCUGGCGACUCGCCGCAGGCUGACCGUGGGGGGGGAGUGGUCCCAGGAUGUGGACUACAGCAACGACAGCGAGCUCCGGUACUCCUACCACGUGGUCUGCAACGAAAACUACCACGGCGAGGAAUGCUCCGCCUACUGCCGGCCCCGCAACGACACCUUCGGCCACUUCACCUGCGACGAGCAAGGGAACCGGCGCUGCCUGGAGGGCUGGACCGGAGACUACUGCUCUGAUCCCAUCUGUGUGGUGGGUUGCAGCAAAGAGCAUGGCUUGUGCGAAUCCCCCGGGGAGUGUGUGUGCCGGCAGGGGUGGCAGGGCGAGCGCUGCGACGAAUGCGCCCGACACCCGGGCUGCCUGCACGGGACCUGCCAGCAGCCGUGGCAGUGCAACUGCAAGGAAGGCUGGGGGGGGCUGUACUGCGACCAAGAUCUGAACUACUGCACCAACCACAAGCCGUGCCAGAACGAGGCUUCCUGCACCAACACCGGUCAGGGCAGCUACACCUGCACCUGCAGACCCGGCUUCACCGGCAAAAACUGCGAGAUCGAGACCAACGAGUGCGACAGCAACCCAUGCAAGAACGGCGGCAGCUGCACAGACUUGGAAGAUGAUUAUUCCUGUGCCUGCCCUCAGGGCUUCUACGGGAAGAACUGCGAGGUCAUCGCCAUGACGUGCGCAGAUGGACCAUGUUUCAACGGAGGAACCUGUGUCGAAAAUACGGCCGGCGGAUACAGCUGCCAGUGCCCCACUGGGUUCACGGGCUCCAACUGCGAGAAGAGAAUCGACCGAUGCAGCAGCAACCCCUGCGCUAACGGUGCUCAGUGCUUGGACCUCGGUAAGCUCGUCAUGUGCCACUGUCGCCCCGGCUUCUCCGGCCCUCGCUGCGAGAUCAAUAAGGACGACUGCGCCGGCAACCCCUGCCGCAACGCCGGCACCUGUGUGGACGGCAUCAACAACUUCACCUGCACAUGCACGCUCGGCUUCACCGGCAAAGACUGCUCCGUGCGCACCAGCCAGUGCGACCAAUUUUCUUGUUACAACGGCGGCAAGUGUUACGCCCACUUCAGCGGCCCGGUGUGCAAGUGUCCAGAGGGCUUCAUGGGCGCUCAAUGCGAGUACAAACAUGCCAAGCCGACUGUGAAACCUUCACUGAAUAGCGACUCCUCUCCUGCGCUCAUCGCCGCGGUCAUCCUCGGUCUGGUGACGCUGAUUCUGCUGGUCAUCGUAGGCAUCCACAUUCUGAAGCAGCUCCGCCGGGGCAGGAAGCUCACGGCUAUCACCAACUCAGUGAAGAAUAACCUGGAGGCAGUUAACAAUCGCAGCGCAGUGAUCGGUGGCCUACCAGGAGCGCCACUUGGCAACCUCAGGGAGAAGGUGGCCUUCCUCCUCCCCGGUGGAAACCUUAAAGUGUCCAAUAAGAACGCAGCGCUGUUUGAGAACGGCGGAGACGGCAUGUCUAUUUUCAGAAACAAAAUGGCAGACUGUAACCUGGCAAAAGACGAGCAACGCCUGGCCAAGUUUGACCUUAAAAAGGGUGACUCGACCAUCAUCGUCCCUCCUCUUGGGUUCGGAAAGGACAGUCUCUAUCAAUCAGUGUACAUCAUCCCAGAGAAGAUGGAGCAGUGUGUGUUUGCUACUGAGGUAUAACCUCCAGAUUUCACACCUAAAGUGGAUGAACCCUCACGCCUUCAGGCUUGAAACUUGACCAACCAGAGGAUCUAUUGUACACACAACAUGCUAUUUCAUAUUUAUUACUGCUGCUCAACGGAGAAGAAACAAAAAUUUGCACUAAUUAUCUUUUUUUAAAUACUUUUAAAUCUUAAUAUAAUAUGUCUAUCUUUGUAUCUGUAUGUUCUUUGCAUCAAACGUGAAUAGAACUGACAACCAAUCGGAAAGACCGGUGCCUUAGCUUCCUAAUCGUUGUGUCGCUCAAAUCAUCGGAGGACCGUUUUUUCUACAACAAUUGGAGACAGGAGCUUUUUAUUUGAGGUUAAACCACCUGAACUUUUCCCGUCUGAAAGCUGAAUUGGACAGCUUUGUGACUCCGUCCAUUUGCUGUUUUGCUGAAGAAGCCUUACAAUCCUGCAUACUCUGAAGUGCCUCUUCUGCACCAUGACUCAAAUCCAAUCCAAUGACUUUGUCGCAGGAAAAACAACAUCACUGGAGACAUUUGUUUUUUAAACGAUGUGAUGUUUCAGGUGAAUCAGGGAGAGUUCGUACCUCUAUCAACAACCAGGUGUUUCCCACCCGUCAUGAACAGAUAAUCUACCUUUUGACAAAAAAAGAUAUAUAAGAAACGUAUGUCCCAGGCCGGGUGAAGGUCUAGCCGAGCUGGAUUCAUCUUGCAAAUCAUGUCAUCGUUUUUUCCGUUUUGUCUUCCUUAACUUGCUGCCUUUAUCAACCUCUGCAAGUCCUUCUGAACUAUUGAAAGCCCCCCCUGCUGUUCUGUCACAGCUCUGGGUGUUUGGGGUUAAAAAACCUCGAAGGACCACAGACUUUCUUAAUCUUAUGCUUAUUGUUUUUUACCUAAUCUAUUUGAUACCAAAAAUACGUGUUGUUUCUGUGUAGUCGUGUCUUUGUAUUAUCUUCGUUAAUUUAAGAAACCAAUGCAAUGUGUACAUAUCCUCCAGAACAUAGCUGUUCCCCUAUUUAAUUUAGCCUUUUUGUAAAUAAUGAAAGAGAAUUGUAUAUAUGUCUAUGUCCUAUUGUCUCCGUCAUAAUCAAGAAAUAUAUUUUUUCCAGAAAUAAAUUAGUAACAUAA